AUGCCAGUUAUCUUAUCCUCGGACGAAUCUACUGAAUAUGCUAUUCGUUUUGCCAUAACUUUUAAUGUCUCUCAACUACACUGUCUCUUGCUGGCGGCUUCCCGUCUUUUUGCAUCUGCAAGCCUCCUUAUUGGCGAGAUGCAAACAACACACUUGCAUCGUUCUAGCGGAAGCUACGUUGGCACCGGCUCUCUCCAGGCUUCGUUCUCUAUCGAAAUCCUCGAGAUUUUGCAGCUAGCCUGCUCACCAACUUGUGCUCAGCGCCUGGUGCACCAACUGACGAUCCUUCUGGCUUGCCCGAUGGUAGAGAUACCAGAUAAUCAGCCGAAGCACCUAUCAGAGGCAGCUCUGCCGGGGCUGGUUGAAGGGAAACUGGUAUGCCAAUCAGACGGGUUCUGCGAGCCGAUAUGCGAAUACCAGGAGACCUCUAUUGAUCUUAAGGUUUGGAGAUUUUAG